AUGGGCAACAAGAACGAGCCGCCCCUGGACGAGAUCCAGUGGCACAACCCGGCCAUCCUCGCCGAGAUGCAGGGCAUCCACUCCAACUCGGUGCUCUACUACUUCGCCGGCAGCCCCUUCUUCGACCCGACCUCCAACAACGCCGUCGUCGUCAACCAGGCCAUGUUCAACCAGGCCAUGCGCAACGUCCUCGGCACGCGCGAGGCCUUCGAGGCCCACCUGCGCAGCAUGUCCGGCCUCGAGUACGUCGUCGCCCAGGAGCCCGCCGAGAUGGGGCCCGGCAUGGGCACGGGCGUCUGGGUCAUCCGCAAGCAGACGCGGCGCAAGCGCAACGAGCCCGGCGUCGAGGACGACAUCACGGUGCACGCCGACUACUUUGUCGUCGGGGAGAACAUAUACCAGGCGCCCACGCUGGGCGAUAUACUGAGUGCAAAAAUCGCCUCAUUAUCCUCUGCAGUCGGAAAGAUCUUCCCAGCGGCAAGCAGCAUCCAGCAGUGGUCGCCUGCCCAAGGGCACGUGUACAAACAGCCCACAGCUAGCACAUCGCUCCGCACCAAGGGCCUGGAGUCCAAGGAAGGAACGCCCAUGCCGGAGAGCAUCACAAAGGCACUCGAGAAGACGUCCAAGUCGGCGCCGGACAGCCGCCUCGCGGAGGACUCGCUCAUGAUCCACCUGAGAUACGGCGGCGAGUACAUGGACGAGAACCCGAUCACGGGCAAGCCGGGGGAGUUCCACCUGUCGUCUACCGGCAGAAAAGACAAGAUCCCGCCGCCAAUGGCCGGCAAACCGAACGGCCUCAAGCCCGCAUCAGAAGCCAGCCCUCUGACCAAGGACGCGAAAGCAGACAAGAAUGGGAAAUCGGCAACUGCUCCGCCGAAACCCAAGCGUAGGAAGAGCAAGGGAGGCACGGUGACACCGUCGUGA